AUGACAAUAAAUUACGCAGUUUUAAAAGUUAUGGAUUGUAAUUUCGGAUACAAGCUAAAGGAAAAGGGAAUAGGAAAAGUGAUAGGCAACCAGAUGAUUGGACAAAUGAACGGACAGAUGGGAGGACAAAUGAAUGGACAGAUGGGAGGACAAAUGAAUGGACAGAUGGGAGGACAAAUGAAUGGACAGAUGGGAGGACAAAUGAAUGGACAGAUGGGAGGACAAAUGAGCGGACAGAUGGGAGAACAGAUGAAGAGCCAGACGAGCGAACGAAUAAACGAAGUAAAGAAGGAAGAGAAAAAUAUUAGUUACACCUUUGAUAAACAAGCAAGUAAUAAACAAACAGUAGAGGAAAAGAAUAACGCAUUCAUAAGUUUCUUCAAUGAAAAGAAGCUUCAUCUUGACAACAAAAUUUGCAAAUCUGUUGGACAGGAGAAAAGCGCAAAUGAUAAAUAUAAUAACAAUGAUAAUAAUAAGAAUAAAGAGGGCAAAGAACCAAUUAGUGCAAUGAAUAGUGAAAUGAUAGUAAAAUUAAAUGAAAUUAAUAAAAAGGAUGUUAACUACAAGUUAAGGGGUAGUAAUAUGCUUCUCACAAAUAAGAAAAAACAUCAUUUAUAUGAUGAAAACAAUGAUAAAGAGUUAAAAAGAAAAAAAAUAAACGAUAUUAUAAGCAAAUAUAAAAAAAAUAUGAUAUCAUUGCCGGAUAAAAAUGGCAUUGAACACCUAACUACUUUUGUUAAUAUGAAUAGCAGUAAAUGUAGUAGCAAAGAAUCGGAACGAACUUUCUACUCGAAAAGGAGUGGUAAGUACUUGAGUGCCAAGUAUAUGAGUAAUGAAUAUGCAAGUGACAAGUGUGCGAUUGAUGGGGUAAGAACUGCCAAUGAGGAGUAUAUCAGUGAUGAUAAGAUUCGUCUUGCCCCUAAUCAUCACGACGAGCAUGAAUAUAACGACUUGUUAACAUUGACGAAAGGAGAUAAAAAAAAUGUGAGGGAAUACCCUACGAAGUAUAUGAAUAAAUACGGAGAAAGUGAAAAGGAAGCACAGCUGAUGGAGGAUAAUAAUUUAAAAAAAAGGCAAUAUCAAAAAAUCAUUGAACAUAAUUACAUGAAUGAUGAUACAUCUAAUGACCAUUAUAAGCGUGCCAUUAUUUUAAAUUUUGAAGAAAGGAAAAAAAAUCACGAGUGCAAUAGUUAUGAUAAGAUGAUCAAGGAUAAAAAAUGCAAGAUUGAUUUGAAUUUUGAGGACAGGAGUGCAAAGGUAGGUGCAGGGGUCAAGUACCAUGAAGUUUGCGCUACGUUGAGUUAUGAGGAAAAAAAGAAUAAAAAAAAAGGAGGAGAGGGGGAAGAGGAAGUGAAAAAAACAGAAGUGGAAGUGAAAAAAACAGAAAUGGAAGUGAAAAAAACAGAAGUGGAAGUGAAAGUGGAAAAAGAAGGGGAAAACGAAGGGGGAAACGAAGGGGAAAACGAAGGGGAAAAUGAAGGGGGAAACGAAGGGGAAGAAGUUCAAAAGGGGACAUAUUCACCUAAGGAGCCAAAUAAAAAGAGUCAAAAAAAUAAUUUCAACGUUAAAUUUAAUUAUAGCAAAGUGCCAGAUGAGUUAAAUAUUUAUUCCAGUACUAGUGAAGACAACAAAAAUGAGUCUACAGAUAAAGUACAUCAUGUCAGCAAAGGGAAUUACACACAGGCAGUUCACCACAGCGAUGCUAUUCAUAUUCAAGCAUCACCACCACCCACCUAUAACCAUACCAUUUGCAUGAAUGACCAUGAAUUGUUAUUAAAUGGAAAAGGAAAAGAGAACAUGAAAUUGGAGGAAUUGAGACUAAUUAAUUUUAAGGAAUCUAAGGAGUUUAAGGAGACCAUGGUGGGGGGAGCAGCUAACAUAGUAGUGACUAACAUGGGGGAACGGGAAAAAAAAGGGUCAAAGAAGAAGGAGCAUACCAAUUUGUACCUUAGCAAAACUUCAGAACUUAGAAGCCUGUUUAACGAAUCGGUAAUGUGUGGUGAGGAAAAAAGAAUAAGAGACAAAUUUGAGGAAAUCAAAUUAAUAGAAAGGUCGAUUGAGUUGAAAGAGGAUGCACAGAACGGCAUGCACAUGAUCAGCAGUGGUCAAAAAAUAGAGGAAACGAAUUCUUUAGAUGUGAAUGGAAUCAUGCGAAAGGAUAGGAGCAUCGAUGGUGAUAUUAGUAGUAGUAAUGCCGCAUGUAUUAAUAACUAUGGGACUAAGACAUAUACAAAAGAUGCAAACUCGUUUGUAACACAUAACGACGAUUGCAACAGUGCAAAGAACACUCUCUUUGAAGAUAAGAAUAAAUCAAUUGUAUAUAAAAACAAUGAAGUGAAUAUGUUUAAUAAGAAAAAUUUAGAGGACACCAUAACAGAUGUCCAAAAAAAAAGCGAAUUAUAUGUGAAAGACUUUGAUGAGAAGAUGGGUGCAAGCAUACCAAAUGGAAACAAAACAAUCAUUACUUAUAGUACGCAUGAUGAUGUUGUAAAAUCCUUGCGUGGUCAGGUGAAAAAUGACUAUAUAUUGAAGGAGCAGAAUGAUAAGGGUUCAAAAAUGAUGGAUGCAAUUAGUAAGAGAAAUAAUAACGAGCCAUCAGAUGAAAGAAACGUAAGGAAUAUUAAAAACAAAGACACAUUACUGUAUUGUGAUACCGCGGAGCGGCGGCUAUCAUCGAACGAGGGCAAUGAGAAAAAGAAGGAAGACGAAGAACAGCUGCAACAUCAGCAGCCAGUACAACUGCCAUCACAGCUACAACGAACGACUGAAGAAGAACUGCGAUACACAGGUUCCGAGUUGAACGUUAAUUGUUAUAAAACGAAAAAAGACAUUGAAAAGGUAAAUUGGAAUGAUCUGAAAGAGAAAUAUUUUGAGUUGAGAAGAAGAAGUAUUAUUUCUUUGAAGGUGAAUGGGAAAGGGGAACAAACGCAAUCCUAUGACUGCAAAAGUGAGCUCAAAAGUGAACAAAAAAAUAGCCCUCUAGAAUGUUUCAACAAUGGCCUCAACAAUGGCCUCAACAAUGGCCUUAACAAUGGCCUCAACAAUGGCCUUAACAAUGGCCUUAACAAUAAAAAUGGUUCCCUAAAUAAUUUUAAAAUUGACCCCCCCAGUGAGUGGUACUUAAGCACAAACAGGGGAAUCGAAAAGAGAGACAAUAAGACAAGUCGUUCAUUAAGUGAAGAGAGGAAAGAGAAAGUUAUAAGUUCCCAUUUUUUUAAAAACAAAACGGUAUUACGAGUACAUGAAAGGAAUAAGGAUACAAAACUUUAUAAAAAUGAAGAGAGGAUAGAAGUGGAUAAAGAGAAAAAGGAAUUAAGGAGUCUGUCUGGCAUCUUAAAAGACAGGAUUUUCAAAAAUUUCAAUGAAAAAUGUAAUUUAACUAGAGAUAUGGUAAAGAAUGUAAGCACAAAUACAUACAUGAUAUCUAAGUUAAAUAAAAAUAGUGUACUGCAUGGUGGUAAAAAUGUUUUACCAUUUGGUGUGAACAAUAAUAAUAUAGUAGGGAAACAAAAAGAUGCUACAGAUAGUAGUCGUGUAUAUAGUAGAAAUUAUAUUGAGAAGAAAGAGGAAAAUAUAAUAGUAAAACAAAAUGGUAUUUUGCCCAAUGCUAAUAUAAGUCAUACUAUUGGCAGAAAAUUAUAUGCAGAUGUUAUCUCAUCUGGGGAAGAGAAAAAUAUAAAAAAAAAAAUUUCAGAAAAGUUUCAUUCCAUUGAUGAAAAAGAAAAUAAGGAAUUGUCUACAGAUGAAAGUAAUAUAUUAUUGAAAAGGUACAACAAACCGUUGAAUGUAGUCAUAAAUGGAGUUACUAAUACGAGCGAUAGGACAGAUAAUCAGGUAAAUAAAUUAUACUACAUGAAUGGUGAAAAGAAAAGUAAUGUACAUAUCAACAGCACGUUAAUCGGCUUACGUGAAAGGAAGAAACGUAUCACAAACAAGUUUACGAAUGUAGAACAUAAUACCUAUAAGGAGAAUUGUUUGUUAAAGGACAACACAAAGGAGUUUCAUGAACAAGUGUUAUUUGAAGACGCAAGAGGGGGGAAAGUUGAUAAGGUAAAAGGGAAGAACGAAUCAUUUCACUCAAUUAAUUUCCAUCCUAGUAAGAACAAGAACAGUAGCAGUUGUAGUAGAAACAACAAUAAUAGCAGUAGUAACAAUAAUAAUGGAAGUAGUAACAAUAAUAAUGGAAGUAGUAACAAUAAUAAUGGAAGUAGUAACAAUAAUAAUGGAAGUAGUAACAAUAAUAAUGGAAGUAGUAACAAUAAUAAUGGAAGUAGUAACAAUAAUAAUGGAAGUAGUAACAAUAAUAAUGGAAGUAGUAACAAUAAUAAUGGAAGUAGUAACAAUAAUAAUGGAAGUAGUAACAAUAAUAAUGGAAGUAGUACGAAUAAUAAUAGCAGUAGUAACAUUAAUAAUAGCAGUAGUAAGAAUAAUAAUAGCAGUAGUAACAAAAAUAAUAGCAGUAGUAACAUUCCCGCGGAUCCGCUUCUGUCAAGUGUGGACUAUGCUGCGCAGGUUAGAAAAAAAUACGAAGACAUAAUUAAACGCGUUAGAACUAAUGUUAUUAAUGAUGAUGGUAGUAAUUACAAUGGCAAUGUACACACAGAAGGGAAGUACGAACUGUCGAAUGAUAAAAUAGAGGAAAGAUUAAAGAUGAUAAAAAGACAUUUUAACGGAGAAAAGAUAGAAAUUGACGAGGAAAACAAAUUAAAAAAUGAAAUAAACAUGAAAAGAAAAUUAUAUGAAUUAAAAAUUAGAAAAGAGUUUGAAGAAAAAUUAAGAAUACGUAGAGAAUUCAACGAAAAAAAAAUAAUGGCUCAAGGGGAAAAAAUUGUUAUUCAGAAUAGUACCAAUGAGGUUGAAGAGAAUGGAAGAAGAGAUGAUCAACAGAAUGCACAGGUAGAUGGAGGGGGAAAAAAAGAGGAAAAGAUGAACAGUAGUGAUAUGUAUGAAUAUACUAAACAAGGUAAUGAAAAAAAUGAAAAUUUUUGCAAUAGUAAGAAAAAAGAAAAGAAUAAUAAGAAGAAGAGGAGGAUGAGAAGGAAAUUAUAUGAUGAAUUUUCAAGCGAUGGGAGCUAUUACAAAUAUAUGUACCGUAAUUUGUACGAUGAAACAUGGAAUAAUAAAACGAAGAAUCACUAUUAUGAUAUAAGUGACAAUUUGUACUUACAAGAAUGUUCUGAUCAUUUUUUUCAUAACACUAACACGCGUUCGUCAGUUGACCAUUCUCUUUCAAAUAGUUUUGAUGAAAACUUACUAUCAUUAAGCAGAAUAAAGUUUGAUGAUUUUAAUUAUAAUUAUUUAAAUGGUAUUAAAAGGUCAACCAUGAAAAAGGAAGUUAUGUCCACUUAUUCUUAUCAUAAGGAACAGGACGAGGAGAAUUUAAAAAAGUUGAACAUCACGAAACCUAAAGUGAUACUCACCGAUAGUGAUGGAAGUUGGAAAAAAAAAGAUAUAAAUGAGUCAGGUAAACAAAUAAGGGCAUCGCAAAAGAAAACGCGCAAUAAUUGCAAUUUCCCCAACGACUGCUGUUACCAUAAUGGAUAUUAUAAUCCAAAUGGAAAUGAUUACCCGUAUAACACGGACACACAUAAAAAGUGUAGGGGCUCAUCCAUAAAUAGAACAACAAAGAAAAAAAAAUAUUCGGAUGAUAUGAAAAGCGUGCACCCAGUUAAUCACUAUAAGAAUAACAACAAUGAUGAUAUUCUGAAUAAACUGUGCUCCAUAAAGUAUGAAAAUAGGUUAAGGAAUGGUCCAUUGUACAAGAGAGGUGAGGCCGAAAGGGAUGAAGCGAAAGAAGAGGUUGCAGUGUACAAUGAGGAUGAAAUGUACAAUGAGGAUAAAGUGUACAAUGAGGAUGAAGUGUACAAUGAGGAUGAAGUGUACAAUGAGGAUGAAGUGUACAAUGAGGAUGAAGUGUACAAUGAGGAUGAAGUGUACAAUGAGGAUGAAGUGUACAAUGAGGAUGAAGUAUGUGUUGUGGGUGAAGAUAACGAAGGAGAACACACGAACCACCCGGAAAAUAAAAAAUUAAAAAAAGAAAAAAAAGAAAAAAAAAGUAACAAUAGCAUUAACUCUAACGAGUGCUAUAAUGGAGUAAAAGAGAGUAAAGGCUCAUCAGGCGGACCUGCAAAGAAUGAGUCCAUUUUACUGACGAGUGGAACUGAAGACAAAAAAAAAAAAGACAAAGAUAAAGAGAAUGAAAAAGAGAAAACGAAGCCGAAACCUAAAUGGGACGAUAAAGAGAGAGAUAGAGAGAGGACAACAAACGAAAGCGUGAACGAAAACAGGAGCAAGGUGCCCCCAAGCCAAACAGAAACAGAACAAGCUUACAUGAUUAAUAAGAAUUCAAACAUAAAUAAAGUGAGCAUCAAAGAAGAUAACAACUUGAAAUCUUCCUUAUCAUCGUCUGACAAGGGGAUACCAAAAAUUAAUAUUUUAAAAAACAAAGAAAACUACAUUCCGUUGGAUGUUGCUUUAAACUUCGUCAUAGACAAUGAAAAAUUGAAAAAAUCGAAUGUACAAAAAGAAAACAAAGGAAACAAAAAAAAAAAAACUUUUGUGCAAUGGCUCAUGGACGAGAGAAAAAAGAGACUAAAAAAUAAUUUACCUAUUGAUAUUUAA